GUUGAACCAUGGAUGAGUUGAUAGCAUUUGUUUGAAGCCCCGCGGUGGCGCCUCCGGGCUUUCUGUGCGGAUCGCCGAGCCGACGGACACCACGAUUCUGGAUCCCGCGCCUGGAGGAUGCUUGAGCUAUGGCCAGAAAGCGAUAUCGCGCGAGUUCUGGAAGCCGGUCGAGCUCGCGUGCGAGCCGGAAGAGGCGGAGGCGGAGCGUGUCCAGCUCGUAUUACAGCUCGAGCCGAAGCUCGCGGAGCUCGCCCUCGAUCUUCCGCAGAAGACAUAACGCGGGGAAGAGCCGCAGCAAGGAAAGACCAGCAAACAAAGCUCCGACACCUCAGAAGGAUGCCAGGAAGCAGGGCGAGAAGGAUGCUAAAGGCAAGAAGCUGGAGAUAGAGCUGAAGGUUCCGAAAGAGGUGAAGAACUCGAAGCUGAAGGAGAAGCAGGCAAAGAACGGCAAGCCAGCCAACAAGGCUGAAGCGAAACCUGUAGCGAAGGAGAAGGUCAAAGAGAAGCAGAAGGAGCCAGGAAAGCAACCGCAAGCGGAGCCGAAGGAGAAGGCCGGUGAUGGGAAAGCCAAGGAGAAGCCGAAGCAGAAGCCGACGGAGAAGCCGACGGAGAAGCCGAAGGAGAAGCUGACGGAGAAGCCGAAGGAGAAGCUGACGGAGAAGCCGAAGGAGAAGGUGGCGACGCCAAAGGCCAAAGAGAAGGAUGGCAAGCCGUCGGAUCAGCCGAAGCCCAAAACAGACUCCGCAAAGGAGAGCAAGCUGCAGGACCCCCCCAAUGAGACCAUCCAGGCUGAGGUGUCGCAAGACGCGAAGGAGAAGCCGCCGGAGAAGCCCAGGGACAAGGUCUUGGACAAGGGUGGCAUUGAGGCACUGCAGCAGAGCCUCUCCCAGGACACUCACCACCUCCAGUUCAUGUUGCUGCAGGCCAAGCGCGACAUGGACGACCGCCGUGAUACCUUGGAGAAGCAGGAGCGCCGCGAGAAGGAGUACUACCGGGGUGACUUCGGAGAGCCGCUGGGCCCCGAGAACCGGCUGCUGCUGGAGGAGGCCCUGGGCCAGGGCGCCUUCUCCACGGUGUUCCGGUGCCGGGACAUGAAGGCUGAAGGGGAAAGACACUACGCAGUGAAGUUCAUUCGCAAAAACAGCGUGCUGCGGAGCGCGACGGAGCAGGAGGUGAAGCUGAUGCGGCGGCUCCGGACUAAGGCCUCCGAGCUGGACCCCGAGGGCGCGCGCUGCUUCCUGGGCCUUGCCGGGCCGGAGGUUCUCGAGCACGAGGGCCACUUGGCCCUCUGCUUUCAGCUGCAGAAGUGCGAUCUGCGCUCUGCUUUGAAGCGCUGGGGGCAAGGACAAGGCCUGCCGCUGGGGCUCGUGCGAAACUACGCCCGGAACAUCUUCAUGGCGCUUCGGGCCUUAAGACUGGUGAGCAUCGUGCACAGCGACCUGAAGCCGGACAACUUGCUGGUGUCCAUGGACAAGAUGUCCGUGAAGCUUUCCGACUUCGGCUCGGCCAUGGAUGUGAAGGACCGCUUUCGCCCGGAGAAGGCCGCAGAAUCCCUGCAGCCGCGGUUCUACCGGGCGCCGGAGGUGAUCCUGGGGCAGCCCUACGACACGCAGAUCGAUGUGUGGAGCGCUGGGUGCACGGUCUUCGAGCUGGCCACCGGCAAGUUCCUCUUCACGGGCCGAGACAACAACGAGAUGCUCUUCCGCAUGUUGCGGCAGCUGGGCGCCUUCUCCCGGAAGUUCUGCGGGGCGGGCAAGCUGUCGGACAAGCACUUCCGUCGCGAGGACGGCGCCUUCCGCUGCGGCGCGGACGCCCACGGCGCGCCUCUGCGCUUCAUGGGCCGCGAGGAGUUCCCAAGGCCCAGCAGGCCCAUCCUGGAGGAGCUGAGCGCCCUGCAGACGGACGGAGAGGGCGCAGGGCAGGUGGCAGCAAAGGCCCUCGCAGACCUGCACCCCUUUGCAGGUUUCUUGGCAUCGCCGCUUGUGACGAGGGCAAGUCGUGAAAUGGCGACCGCACAGGUUGGGCUGGCUCGUGCCUGGCCUCGAAAGUCCAGGGUCUUGGCCUGCGUGUCGCCAGACCCGGGCAAACGCCUGGAGCCAGACACCGCCCUGGCGACCUGCUUCCUGCGGCCCUCGGGGAACCAGCGGAUCGAAUGAGCUCCAGCGAUCCUGGAUUGGCGCCUCGCAGUGAGAAGCGUCGGUUUGUAGAGCCUCGAGGCUCGGGCUCGGAGAUUCGGUUCUUUCCACUUGCCCACCAGAUGCCCACGCAUUGACUCUUGACGGAGGAAC